AUGUCACCGCUCACUAUUACCACACUCAUCUUAUUCAAACUGCUUUAAGUUGUCCAUCUUAAACUCAUUAACAAUACUUAUUUCAUCUUUGAAAAUGAAUACAUCCAAACAUCUUUUCCAGUUUUAUCCAUCCCCUUAGAUUUUGACAUUUCCAAUCAAUCUCAAACAUAAUCAUUAAUCCAAGAAUACAACCUCACAGAGGAGUACAAAUACCCAAUUGCACCAAAAGCAAAAUUGUUUUCAUUUAAAAAAUCUAAUAAUGAAGAUAUAGAUAUUGUUUAAUUAGAAGAUCAAAAGCUAACUUUGCUAUACUAAAUUAAGAACUAUCAAUCAAAUAAUUAGUUGCUAAUUCGUUCCGGCAAUUACUCCAUUUCAUUAACUCAACGAAAUUGUUUCUCCUUGCACUACCUAUAAGAGGAGUCUUACCUGUUAGCAUGCAAACUACCAGAACACAAGAUUGAAAUACAAAUACUUAAUUUGAAUCAGCAAUCUAGCGAAGAAGGCUUUACAAAUAAAACCCUGAAUAUUUUAGACUACAAUCCCCUUUGUGAAUUAGAAUCCAAUCUAGCAUAUUCAUUGCUUGUGAUAUUUGAGAAAAAUUGCUCCUAUUCAAAAUUGGAAACUAUUUUCAUCGAUGCAAUUAAUUAGAAAAUCAUCAAUUAAACUAAAUUUGUGAUGGAUGAAUACAACAAGUCUAACGAAUUCAUUACUAAGAUUCAAAUUUGCUCUACAACUACUUUAAUGAUUUACACAAAUAAUGAAAUUCUAAAACUAGACCUUGAAUAGUAAGAUUUUUCAAAUUUUCUAUUUUUUAAUCAAGAAUAAUAUUUUAAUGCCAAAUAAUGUACAGAUAUGUCAAUAGUUGAAGUUAGAGAUAAUUAAUUGAAAUUUAAUUAAUUUUCUUUAAAUGUAAGUAUUGAAGGCUUCAUUCAAGGUUUUCGUUUAAAUAUAAUAUUUAUUUUGCAAAAGAAGGAUCAUGUAAUAGUUUAUUAUAGUUAUAAUUUGCAGUUAAUUAUAAGAAAAUCUUUUUAGUAGCUUUUUAGUCUAUCAAACUUACCCUAUAUCUUAGGAGUCACAGAAAAAGGUGAGCAUCUUAUAUAUAGAAUUAAGAACCCUAGAUUCAGUUUUACAUAUAAAAAUUCAAGUAAAAUUCAGAUUUUGGAGUAUGAAAAAUAACCCAAAUUUCAAAAAUUAUUGCUUGAUUAAAUAAUUUCGGAUGUUGAGAUCUUAUCUGAAAGUUCGCCAUAAUUUCUAAUUUAAAAUAACACCUAAUUCUUUGGGUCAUUCGAAGGAUCUAGAUUUAAGAUUCACUAAAAUUAGAUAUAAAAAUCUCUUCCUUUUAAGAUAAAAUAAUUAUAUAUAAAUGAUACACUGAUAAAUUUUAAGGAAGAAACAAAAUUAUUAGGUUGCAAUAUCGAUAUUCGUAAUCUAAAACAAAUUUCUAUUCUUAGUUUAGAAGAUGAUUCAUUUCUGAUUCUGUUUAUUUAGAAUGAUGCAACUCAAAUAGUAAUAGCAAGAUGUACUGAAAACAAGUUGUAAAAUAUUAAGACAAUAAAAAUCUAAGAAGGUUUUAUAUAAAUAAUGAAUUUUAAUUUACCCCGCGUUUGUAUUGUUCAAGAAAAUUCAUUAAAGAUCUAUCAAUUCGAAAAUUAGUAAUUGCUUGAAAGAUCUUAUGCCUUCAAUCUUAAUAUAAUUGCUGCCUAUAAUAUGAAUAACACAAAUAUUUUGGGUCUUGUAUUCGAAGAUUGUAAUCAAAGAACCUAUUUUAUUGAUAAUCAUAAUUUAUAAAUCCAUCAAAUCAUUUCAUAAUAGUUAGAAUGUAAUGGCAAUAAAUAAAAAUUAACUCCAUUGUUCUUUAUUGAUGAACAUAAGAUAUUUUUUAAGAACUAAGUAUCUUAUUAAGAAUAAAUAAUCCUAAAAGAAACAAUUAUUAAAGCUGAAGUUAUGCUACAACAUCGAAAAAUUCUUAUCUUUACACAAUAUCAAUAGAAGCUAAAAAUAAAGUUUUACAGUUUUAUCUCCUUUGAAUUAUAAUUAUUAUAUGAUUGUCCUUUGUAUAAUUUUAAUCUGAAGGUCCCAUUAAACUAUAAGCUUCAAAGCCCCUUUCUAUUAGUAUUAGCAGAAAAUUCCUAACAAAAUUCUGUUUUAUUAAUUUAUAAUCUCAACAAUUAAGCAAUUAAUUCCCUAAUUUAAAUUAUUGAAAUAGAUUAAGAACACUUCCAUUUUGAUUUCAUCUUUGGGACUCUGAAGUCUUUUUAUUACUAUUAUCAAAAUGACAUUUAAAUAAGAGAUUUCGAAACUUAUACAUUAUUUUUAGAAAAUUAGAUUCCAUAAACAUCUGUGUUCAAAGUAUUACAUUUUAGUUUCGCUUUUUAAACUCCAAUCCUUAAUGAAAUAAUCAAUUGGAAUUUUACAGAAAAAUCUAUCAAUAAUGAUUACACUAUCAUGCUGAUUUAGAAUGAUACUCUAAGUUUGAACUCAAACAAUAUUUUGGAUAUGUCAAAUAUAUUUAGUAAUAUUAUUUCAAUUGAAGUCAUCCAACAAAAUUAUUAAUUAAUUCGGCCUUUAAGAUUUACUCAUGAAAAAAUGACUUGCAAAUUUUAUUAGAAUAAAUGUUGUCUUAAUGAUCAUAAUCUUGAAUGUUUACAAAAUAAUUAAAGACUUUUCUAUGUGUUUCAUUACGUCUUCUAAUUUGUCCAUACAAUUUAUUUUAAUGAUAAUAAUUCUGAAUGCAUUAUUAUUAGCACAUAUUAAGAAAACCUGUAAAUGAUUAUCAUAUCAUUCCAAAAUUAUUCCUCAUCUAUUAAACCUCAAAUAUUUCAAUAUGAGAUAAUAACAGAUCCUGUCUUACAUAAGGGAACCGAUUUAUAGAUUAUUUUUGCAGAUAGAGAUCAUGUGAUUUUUUUGCCAGACAAAAUCAAUAAGAUUUUUGUUUACUUAAAAUUGUAACCAGCUUAAUAAUUAUUUUUUAAUUACUCAAAUCAAAAGAAUACAUUACUUUACGGUAGUAGAAUCAAAGAUGAUGAUUAUGUCUUUUUAUACUAAAGUUAAGAUGAUAUAUUUUAUUCGAUAGUUACCAUUAGUAUCAACAAAAAAAAUGAACAGUAAAAAAUAUUUAUUAAGAAUCAAAUGCAAGAUUAAAUAUGCAUUUCUAAUAAUGAAUUCAUAGAGCCCCUUAUAGGAUUCAAAAAGAUCUUUCCAAACAAUUUUCAAAAGAUUUAGAUUAUUGAACUUACAUUAGUGGAUGAUGUUCUAGUUAUCGAACUACUUAUGCUAUUUGAGAUAUAAAUUGGCUUUGUUAUUCAAUUAAGAAUUGAUAUAAUAAAAUAUGGAAAGUGUGAGAUAAAUAUUCUAUAGACCUUAAGGUAUCCACAUAACUCCCUGUUGAGUCGACCAUUUUAUGUUAAUAAAGAUUACAUAAUAAUUUCAACUUGCAGAAUUAAUAUUGAAAGUUUAAUUCUUUAUGAUAGAUUCUAAGGCUAAAACAUAUCGCUGAUUCAUUCAAUUGAUGUGUUUCCGCAGAAUGAUUACUUAAAGAUAGAAAAAAUUAACAACAGCCAUGUCGCUCUUGUUGCAAUUCCUAAUAUCUUUUAAGAAGUUUAAAUUAUAGCGCUUUCAUAAUAUAAGUUAGAAUGCCUAAAUAAUUGUAACUCAACAGCCACUUUAAUAUUAAAGAAUGAAGUAUCAAAAUUAACUAUUACUGUUCAAAAUAUUAAUAAUGAAAUUCCUCUCUAAUAUAAUAUAAGAUUAAUUACUUUAAUAACUAACUUGCUAACAAUAUAAUUAUUUUUAUAACUUAGAAACAAAAAAAACAAAAAAUGA